GUGUCCCCGCCGCGCCCCUUCCACUCCCACCUCCGCGACGCCCGGGCUCGCUGGGUGCCCCGCCGAGCGGGCAGGAUGGUGGUGUGCGGCCUCGCUUGCUGGCGCUGCCGGUGGCUCCUGCCCCUGCUGCUGGGGCUGGCCAUCAUCAUGGGCAUCAUCGCCCUGGCGGGCAGGGGCUGGCUGGAGUCCGAGUCCGAGCCCUACGUCCAACAGGCGUCGUUAUGGGAGAGCUGCACGCGGGGCGACGGGGACCUCAACUGGAGCUGCGAGUCCCUCAUGGACUACGGAUGGGGGCGAGCAGCAGCUGCCACGUACCUUGUUGGCUUUGUGAUCCUGGUCAUCUGCUUUGCCCUCGCAGUCAUCGCCUUCUCCAUCGAGAUACUCCGCUUCAACUUUGUGCGAGGAAUUGGAGGCUUGCUCUUCGUUGUUGCUGCAUUCCAGAUCAUAGGCUUGGUCAUCUACCCAGUGAAAUUCACGGAAGAAAUUCCACUGACAGGAGAUAACAUGUUCAGCUGGGCCUAUGGCUUUGGCUGGGCCAGCACUGUUGUUGUAAUAGGUUGUGCUUUCUUCUUCUGCUGCCUCCCCAACUGGGAAGAUGAAGUCCUGGGAAACAUCAAGCCUACCUAUUACUACUCCUCCCCAGAGAGAGCACCAUACUUAAAUUGAAAGAUUAAAUCCAAGUACGAUCAACUCUCAAAACAACAGAGGAGCACCUCUGCUUGUAAAUUUGGUGUGACUAUAGGAGUCUGAAAAAAAACACCUUAUUUUUUCAGAGUAUUCUCUACUAGCCCUGGCAAUACAUUUGUAAAAACAUUGGCAUUUUUAAGCAAAUAGCCUUUAGCUAAAGUAUUAUUUAUAUAUUCUGAAGUCGAUUCUGUUUGGCCUUACACUCCCAACUAAUUGAGUCAUCCUUAUUUUAUUCAAACAUUUGCUUAUGAAUAAAGAUGUAGUGUUUCAAGUGUAGAAAGGAAGAGGAGAAAUUUAAAACAACCCAUUAGAGGGACCUGCAAGUUACUUUGUUUUCACUUCUGGCAAAAUUGCCUUAAAUGGAACUAGAACAAAAACAGCCUUCCACAGAAUGCUUUUUCUUCCACCAAAGUCAGUCCCAAGGAAGGAAUUUCCCUGAGACUAUCGCAGACACCUGCUGCCUCUUCUCAUUCCUGUUACUGGACUAUUGUUCACUAUUUGCUAUUUGAAUUAAGGGGAAAAUAAAAUUACAAUUUAUUUUCCACCAAUUGGUGCUGUUGAAUGGAGUUCUCUAAAGCACAGAGCUGGUGUGUGGCUAAUGCAGCACUUACUAGUGUGUUUGUGGCCACUGCAGGACUUGUGAUGGACCUACAUAUAAUGUAAUACACAAUGUCACAGAGAGAAUCAAUAAACCUUCAGAUACUGAACUACAUACAUUUUUACAUGGUAUUUGAGAAAUGCUGAUUUGGAGUAGAAAUGUACACUGUUCUUCAUGUCUGCCUUUUUAAAACUGCAGUGUUUUAAUUAUCAGCCAUAGUUUGGAGGGAAAUCUUAGCAUGAGGUGUUAAGAGCCUCCAGAAGUUUCAAAAGCACACUGUAGGUACUCCAGAGUUUAGUAAACUCAGGGAUGCUUUGUGAGUCACUAGGACUAACAUGUAAAAAUAGAAAAGCAGUUCCCUGAGAAAUUCAUGUAUGCAAACUUCAUACAGACACCUGUCUGGGGGAGAACCUGGCUAGCUCCUAGCUUCUGUUUCUUGAGCCAGCAAUUCCAAAUAAGUAUUCCAGCAAGGCAGAGCUGUGUCUGUGUUGGUCAUGGACUUGCAGCAGCUUACAGCAGUAUGAUUAUGAGCUAUAAUAUUUGUCAGAGCUCUCUUCAGUUGGGGAAGAAGAAGGAAGAGGCUCAUUUGUGGAGUUCCCCAGCUAUGGGGGAAUUAGCUCUAGCAGAGGUAGAUUUCUGAGGGGACUACAGGUAGGGUGGAAUACAAAUGCUUAAUGUUACUAUUUGUAAUGAGCAGAUGGGGACUUAUUCUUAGUAUCGUCAACACAGUACUUGGGAGAGGGUGUGUGGCUAUAUGUAUUCAUCCAGAUGAACAAAAUAAAACUUACAAAGCAUUCACCAGCACACUAUAAAGCUGAAGUCAUUAGAACUGCUCGAUAUUUCUUGUAUUAUAUAUUGUAUAGCUUUCUGUUUUGUAACAUCUUUUAAAAUUUGGUAAUUCUGUUAUUGCGUGUAAUCCUGCUUUAGAAGGGCCAGGUGACUUCUGGAGGUCCCUUCCAGGCCUGUAUUUUUAACUUUUAAGAGUGUAAACACCUGCAGGCUCCAGAACUGCGUUACAAGCUCAGUCGUGGUGUAUACAAUCAGCUGUGUUUAUGAUUCUUGAUGAAAAAGAGAAUAUUGUGACAAAUGUGCCUUUUUGUUUUGUUUUUCUUUUGUUUUCUGUACAAUGCUGGUGGUGUGGAAUAUUGUGUAGACUUCUCUGUAUCAAGAGUAAUGUUAGUACCUAACUUUCCAGUCAAUUUAAAACACAGCAGAGAAUCCCAAGUCUGGAAAAUCCUUUCACAGCUAAAGCUGAGAGGGAGAAAAGAUGUAAGAAAACCUUCCUAAUGAGAGGGAGGAUGAUACUGUAAUAGGGUUUAGCAUAACUUAAAGUCUUUCGUAUGUUUUUUUUAUAGCAUUGUCGUAAGUUGUCAAAGAAGCACAAAUGUAAAAUAAACUUGGCUCUGAAUAUACUGGGAGGGGUGGAAGCAUAACCAGCAUGUUACACAAUUAUGAUGUUCAGGAGAAAGCUAUUGCAAGCAGUCAUUAAUUCCUCUCAAGUGAUACUAAUGUACGUGGCACUCCUUUCAAAUGUGGUGACAAUUAAAACUUUUAACUGAUGGUUGUAGAAACCUGGUGGUGUUUGUGGUUCAUGGAUUCAUUUAAUAAACUCAAGAA